AUGCGGCUUCUCAUGACGAGACGUGAGAAGCUGCGAGGUGGAUGUUCAACUUAUUGCACUGACGGCACUUUUUUUUUCUUCUCAUGCUAUCUUGUUUACUUUGUUCUUUUCUUCAGUUUCUCUCUUUUUUUUUUUUUUCUUCUCCCCUUUGUGUGCAGUCAGAUGGGUGGUCCAGCCAGAAAGAAGCCGCGGAUGGAGGAGGUUCCACCUCCAAAGGCACAGGGCCGCAGUGAUGAUGAGAAGGGAGCGACCAGCAGCAUUUUAGAUGAUUCUUUGUGUGCCAUGGAGGAAAAGGGGGCUGCGGGUGAAGAGGCCGUUGCGUGCCCCUUCACCGAGUCGUGUGCGUCCGACGAGGAAAAUGAGCUCUUGGCAGAGGGCGAAAAACUGAGCGGAGCCGCGUUGAAAAGGUUUCUGCAGCGCAACUUUAUUGACUAUAUAGAUCAGAGGAAACCAUUCUUUGCUGAGUUGGAGGAAAAAAACACGCGGGAACAUUCCUACGGAGAGAAAUAA